UAGGAUCACGUGCAAAGCCGAGCAUCGCCAGAUGGGCAACCAGCCAUGCCUCGGUCUGAGAUCACGAACGAUCCUCGAGGCAAUUGCUCGUUCAAUUGAUUGUUGAGUGCUCAGCUGCACUUUCAAACCGCUUUGGCAUCGAUCAUUUGGGUGUGCAUCUGCAAUGCAGCUCGUCCGUCCGAGCUACGACUCCUGGGCUCAGUACCAGUCAGAUAUCUAUGCCACCCUGCUUCCGCCUGCGAUCUCGACCGACGCCAGAGAAUGGGAAGCCGAAGCGCGAAAACGGCUGCCGCCGCGAAACUUCAACUACAUCAACGGCAACGCGAACCAGUCCCGCACGUACGACGCCAACCUGCGCGCGUUUUCUCGGUACAGACUUGUUCCGCGCAUGCUCGCGGGCGCGAGUUCGCGGGACCUCUCGAUCGAGCUGUUUGGCAAGCGGUUUCCGUCGCCGGUUAUAGUUGGUCCUAUUGGCGUGCAAAGCCUUGCGCAUAAGGAAGCGGAGCGCGGAAGUGCGCGGGCAGCGGCGCGGUUGAAUGUCCCGUUUGUGUUGUCGACGGCGUCGAGCACGAGCAUGGAAACCAUCGCCUCGGUGCACGAGGAAGACUCUGUUGCGGCUACAGACAAGUUUGCGAAAUCAGAUCGAUGGUUUCAGCUGUACUGGCCCAAGAACGACGCAAUCACGAAAUCGCUGCUAGACCGUGCUGCAGAUCAUGGGUUCUCGGUGCUCGUAGUCACGCUCGAUACCUUCUCGCUUGGGUUCAGGCCUACUGAUCUUGAUCAAAGCUUUCUGCCGUUUAUCUGGGGCGAGGGAUGCGCGAUUGGAUUGACUGAUCCUGAGUUCAACAGAUUCUACGCGAAGCUGCUGGCGUCUCAGAUGAAGGCUACUUUUACACAGAAGCUCAAGUUGUUAAUUGAGCGUAGUCGUGGGAACUGGAGACUUGCAUUAUUCCUCAUCUGGAACCAGUCCACUAUCUUCAAAGCGCUGGCUUGGCUUUCCCAGACAUACUCUGGCCAACACAAGUCCUGGGAAGACCUACGAUUCCUGCGCGAGAACUGGAAAGGCCCGCUUGUGCUGAAAGGAAUUCAGAGCGUUGAAGACGCCCAGACUGCAAUCAAGUACGGAAUCGACGGCAUCAUUGUCUCCAACCACGGCGGCAGACAAGUCGAUGGCGCCAUCCCCUCCCUCGACGCGCUGGCCAGAAUCACAGCAGACCCGGUCAUCCAGGACUCAAAUCUGACCGUCCUCUUCGACUCUGGCGUGCGCACUGGAUCGGACAUUAUAAAAGCGCUAGCUCUAGGAGCAAAAGCGGUAUUGAUUGGCAGGCCGUUUGUUUACGGACUUGCGAUCGGAGGAACAAAAGGCGUUGAGCAUGUGCUGAGAUGUAUUUUGGCGGAUACGGACAUCUCUAUGGCGAAUAUUGGGAAAAAGUCGAUUGCUGAGUUGGACAGGAGUAUUUUGGAUAUUGUGGAUGUUGAAUAGGUGCUUUUGAGUCUGGAGUUGUGUAUUUAUGUUGAUCUUUCUUAGUUGAAUAGUUUUCUUUUCUGGAAUUGUAUCCUUGUAUUUCA